GCAGAUCUUUUAUGUGGAAUUAUUGCGCACUUAUAGACGAGUUUGACUAACAAGAGAAGAAGGGGUCCUGCCAGCACACCACAUACAAACAGCUCAAAGAAUCGACUCGAGCAGAAUCUUUGCAGACUUUUUAGGUCAGCCUAUCUCACUCAUUCAUGUGGAAUUCUGCUCUGCGUGAACGGUGCUGACGUUACUCAACUGUAACUUAAAAACGUGUCGUAUUCCCUUGUUGCAAACUUGACUUACUUGAAAACGAAGGAUGACUUUGACUGUGACGACAGACCUGUCAGUAAAUACUGGCCCAAGUCGGGUAGAGGAAAAGCUGGAAGACAAACAAAAAGCUUUGCGAGAAAGCAUCGAGAAGGGGCAGCCCAAAAUAUUCGGGGUCUCUCAGAUAGUAAUAGGAUUGCUGAUCAUCUCCUAUUCUAUACCUCUACUUUCUACUGAGACCACAAUAAUACUCACCUUUGGUGUGCCAUGGUGGAGUGGCCUUAUGUUUGUCAUUUCAGGCACCGGUGCAAUAUUAGUGGAAAAAAUUGCCACCGUGAAGACAGUCUCUGCUUGCUUGGCAGUCUCUUUUGUGACCAUAAUCAUCUCAGUUAUUGCACUUAUCCUAUACUAUGUUGACAUUGCUUCCAAUCCGGCAACCACAUGCCAUAUGGGAUCAGACCAGUUGUGUGACCAACAGUAUUAUGCCACUAGAUUCAGCACAGGAAUGAAGAUAACCAUCUCAAUUGUCAAUAUUGUCCAGACAGCACUGUCCUCUGCUUUCGCAGCUAUACUGUAUAAUCAGAGGAAAAACUUUACAAGCUACACGACCCUGGGCCAAUGAUGUCCUGCUUAGGAUGCUGAUCAUCCCAUGUAUGCCAUUUGUACUCCCAUGUAUAACAAAUGUACCCCUGAUCGCAUUUCUGGAUUAUAAUCAGAGGUCCUUAAACUAACCUAUCCACUUCAUAUGUGUGGUUUUGCUUAACCAAUAAUGCUGUCCAUUGUGUGUGCAAGAAUGCAAUGCACUGAAAUGUUGUUGUAUUUUAAGUGAAAAUUAAUUCAAAGUGAAUUGUAUAUAUAUUUUUAAUCUAAUAUCAUCAAUAUAAUCGUAUAAAUAUGUUUUUUUUUAUUAAAGUUUUAUUUCACAUUUAAAGGUAA